AGGAUUUUUCCUUUUCUUUUUCUUUCUUUUCUCUUCUCAGCUCACUGACCCAACUGCAGCUGCAAACGCAACAAGUACUAUCGCACAAUGUUUGGGUCCCUCCUCCUUGCCUGUCUGUUUCUACAUCUGGUUGUCUCUGUACCUCAACCGCCCUGCCGUCGAUGCUGUGACCACCUCCCAGCACUAGAUGAAGCUGCAACCCUCAGAGAACGCACACCUGCCAUGCCUGAGGUCCGCACAUACAUCAACAUGACCAUUCUCAAAGGUGAUAAAGGUGACCGUGGAGAAAGAGGGACACCUGGGAAGCCUGGGAUUGAGGGUUCACUGGGACCACGGGGGUCUGAAGGCCCCAAAGGAGAUAAGGGACAAGCCGGAGCUCCAGGUGACGCCUGCAAGUCCCAGUAUUCUGCUUUCUCAGUGGGCCGACGGAAGUCCCUUCAUAGCGUUGACAACUACCAGGCCCUAAUCUUUGACACUAUCUUCGUGAACUCCCCCGAACACUUUGACAUGUUUGCAGGGAAAUACCGUUGCCAAAUCCCAGGAAUCUACUUCUUCAAUGUGAACAUCCACACGUGGAACUUCAAGGAGACGUACCUGCACAUCAUGCAGAACAACAGCGAGAAGGCCAUCGUCUACGCUCAGCCCAGCGACCGCUCCAUCAUGCAGAGCCAGAGCAUCAUGCUGCUUCUGCAGGAGGGCGACGAGGUCUGGGUGCGUCUCUACAAACGUGAGCGCGAGAACGCCAUCUAUAGCGACGAUGUGGACAUGUACAUCACCUUUAAUGGAUACCUCGUCAAACCAGAAACUGAGUGAGACCAGAAAUGGAGACGGGACAUGAAGUUUGAAAAUGUGCCAAAACGCUUGAUUAGCAGCUUUAACAAAACUGAAAAGCAUCCAAACAUUUCAUAUUAGAUUUCUGCAGUCCAAAAAAAAAAAAAAAAAAAAAUUCCUAAUGCAGAGAAGUCUGCUUUUUCUACUUCGGUGUGGGGUCUUGUAUGAAGAGAACCGGAAAAUUGUGGUCACAUUUAAUUAUUUCACAUUAGAGUUUGGCCAAAAAGUUUCCCAGCUAAUGCCUUCUACUGAUUGCGAUUUCAGCAAUCUGAUAAUAUCAUUAUCAUGUGAUAAGGACAACAAUUUAUGAGCCAUGACCAAAGAAAUCACCACGACGGUUUAACGUUGGGCAUCUUUCAUUUGGGGCAGCCUACAAUUGUUCAGUGCAGACCAGGCAUCACAGGGAACGUUCUCAGAACUUUGGCUAAUGUUUUGGCAAGAUUCUUUUAAAGUUCUGUAACAAUAAUAGAACGUCUGAAAUUUGAGUGUAUUCGAGAACACCCGUAAAAUGUCUCGGAGCAAAGGUAAAUAUGACCGCAACUUAACAGUUCCCAAAAGUCAGUUCAGCUGACAAUCGAAACAAUUGAACUGUAUGCACAGCAAAAUAAAAUGUGUCUUCAAGUUUCAUCAGAUAUGUGGUUGGGUGCUGACCAAUUUCAUGGUGAUAUCAACAAAAGUGUUUGCCUUCAGGGACCUUUCUGUUUACAGUUGGACGAUAAACACUUCUGACCUCCAGAUCUUAAGUGAAACCAGUUGAGAACCACUGAUGCAGCCCAGAUAUUUAGGUCUGUGUCUAGGCAGGGUCUUCUUAAAGUCCAUCAGCAGCAUCUGAGAAAUGGUAGCUGGUUUAUGUUAGUGGUGAUAGGAUGUUUACAUGGCGUGACUGACUGCUUAAACCUGCUGCUGGUCCCUUCAAACAUCGACAGACCGCUGGAGUCAUUCACUUUGAAGCAUGUGGUUGCUAGGGUGUUGUAGGACGUCGCUAGGCCAUUGCUUACUAGCCCAAGUUGUUAAUUCUUUUAAUCUGGUUUAAGAAAAUGUAAUCAGAAUCAGCCAUUUGUUGGUUUUAAAUGGGCCAGGUCCUGAGAAGCUCUGCUUUGAGUGUAUAUAUGGUUGUGUCUGGCUCUGUUUAUUGGGGGGAGGGGGCCUUUUUGUUGCUGUUAAACAGGAUGUAUGUGGCUUUCCUUUUUCAGUAGCAAGAAUCCACUUGAGAGAGACUCACAUGAUAGAAAUAUAGACAGGGAGAGUGAGAUUGAAUGUUCUGAAACCACAAGGCACCGAUCUCUGCCCCAAUCAGUGACUUAAAAGAUUCUUCAAUAAAUCUUAAAACCACUUCAGUCUGGACUGCAGAAUCUGGAUCUCAGGAAUGUAGAGAUUCUAUAAUAUUAACAAGUAAAGAAAUGGUGCUGAGGAAAAAAAAAAAAAAAUCUGGUUGCAUUGUUACCAAGGAAUCAGGUGCUAAAAAUGAUUUGUAAGUUGAACACAUCAGGUGCUAUUUGUUACAUACUUGACAGUCAUUUUAAAAGGUUUUGGUUUGUAACUCAAUGGUGCUUAAUUUUUAUGUACUGUGUGGAUGUCUUUGAUUAUUUUAUAUGCCACAAUAAAGGUUUUAUUUCACUGAUGUCAUUUUGAAAAAUUGACUAACGGAAUCCAAAUUUUCUUGUAAUGUUCCCCUUCCUUAAAAAUGAAAAUUAUGAAUAAAAUUACACUGUUUUUUUUUUUAACCUCAACACAUUUCAAACUUUUUUUUUCAUCCAUAAAACAUAAGGUUCAAAAAGAUUUUGGAAGACUCCGUGCAGGAUCUGUAUGGAUUACUUUUUUGUUGUUGUUGUUCUUACCAGUAGAAAUCAUCAUAAACUUUAAAAAAGAAACCAUUCUGCCUAGCAUUUUGUGUUACAGAACAGACCGCAUUUUUAUUUUCGAGUUAAGUAUUAUUCCUUUAAACUUGGUUCUAUGUGAUAUUAGCCACAGCUACAGUUUUAAGUGAACGAAUGAAGAGAAACUCUUGUGUUAUAACACCCUCUAGUGGUGAGAGGGAAAUGCAUUUCAUUAUCACAAUGCAGAUGAAAUAAUCAUACUGAUCUUUUAUUUAGAAAAGAUGACUUAAAAAAAAACCCUGAUUUUAUUUCUCCCAAUAAAUACAAAUUCAUACAAAAAUUGCUUCUUACGUGAAUCAUUUGUAAAAGCAACUAUAAAUUUCUCUGCAAAAUAUUUGAC